GGCAGGAGCUGAUGUGUUAUUGGCGCAGCACUUGCUUAGCUGUUGCCUUUCUCUCUCUCCUUCUCUUUCUUUUUGUUCUUCCCCCUCUCCCUCUCUCUUCCCCCCCUCUCCUCCUUUUCUUUUCUUUCUUUCUCCCCCCCCCUCUUUUUUUUUUCAUUUUGGCUUCUAUUCAAAUGUGGGUCAGGGGUGAGCAGCUCCCAACGUCACAAGCUUGCAAGAUGGCGCUGGGAGGAAGGCUGUGAGAUGAGGAACAGGCUGGUAUAGCCCGAGAGCCGAAGGGGAAGGGGGAGCAAAGCGGCUGCAACCGAUGCAAUAAUAAUAAAAAAAGAAAUGACGAGCACCCACAACUCACAUUGAAGUCAACAUCUUUGGGUCAAGUAUGCCCUCAAUCACAGCCUUGCAAUCUCGGUGACUUCAGAGGGACUGUUUACCCAUCUGUCAAACGGGUAUAAUAUUUAUAGCUGCGCUCAAGCGUCCCUGCUGGUUCUUCAUUCAGCAUCUGUGCAGCCACGUUCUAUUGAUGGCCUGUUGUGAUUUCAAUGGAACAUCAUGGGAUGUACCUGGCACGUCAGGCAGCACUGGAUGGAGGUGCCCUUAGUCCAAUGUACCUGGCAUGGUGGUGAAGAGAAGGUGAAAGGAAGAGAAGGUGGAGAUGGAACUGCCAAAUCAUGCCAAACAACUGCUACUGCAGCUGAACCAGCAACGAGCCAAAGGUUUCCUCUGUGAUGUGAUUAUUGUGGUAGAAAAUGCCCUGUUUCGUGCCCACAAGAACAUCCUGGCAGCCAGCAGCAUGUAUUUCAAAUCCCUCGUCCUGCAUGACAACCUGAUUAACUUAGACACGGACAUGGUGAACCCCACCGUGUUCCGACAGAUCUUGGACUUUAUUUAUACUGGGAAGCUCUUAACGACUGACCAGCCCGGUGAACAGAACUUUAAUGCUCUCCUCACCGCAGCAAGCUACCUCCAACUGCACGACCUGGCAGCUCUCUGCAGGAAGAAACUGAAGCGGAAUGGGAGGUCUUUCGCUGGCAGGGCCGGCGGCCCCAGUGUUGGGAGACCCCCCAGGAGUCAGAGGCUUUCUACCACUUCAGUCAUCCAAACUCGUUAUUCAGGGUCAACUGAGGGCACGAAGGGCUCGCACUCAAAAGAGCUGCCAAAGGGAAAGGUCUCUGACGAUGAGAUCUUCAUCAGCAGCUCUAACCAAGAGAACUCUCACUCCUUAAGCCGGGGAGCCAGCAAGAACGGUGGCAGUGCAAAUGGAAGCAGCGGCGACCAGGAGCUCGGCCUCGACCUGUCCAAAAAAAGCCCGUCGCUCCCCACGGCAGCCUCCCAGGACGACACGCAGCACAGCGAAAGCCAGCACGGCUCUCCCCAAUCUGCCUCAGCCCCCGCAGCCAACAGUGCCUCAUCAUUCGACGAGUCUGCAGCCGGAGCCCCCCAGAGCGCAGCAGACAGCAGCGAGCCCAUGGAGAUGGACAUGAACGAGGAGAGCCACUCCCUGGUGGAGAGCGGCCAGCGCAAGAGCCUCCGGCACUCGGCGCGCAAGAAGGAGUGGAUCAAGAAAGACAAUGCUUUUGACCGGAAAGAGGGGGGCAAAGGUGGCGAGGAAGGCGAGGGGCUGCCCAAUGGCAUCCUGGUGGGUCCCUUGUCCAAGUCGGCUGAGCGGAACCUGAGCAACGCCUAUGGCCCGGAGCAGGCGUUCCAGUGCAAAGAGGAGAUAGAAAACGGCAAGGAGAUGAGCGAUGACAGCGGACAAAGCGAGUGUGAGAGCGGGGGGCACACCAGCGCCAACUACGUCUACCGGCAGGAGGGGUUUGAGCCUGUGGCCUACGGUGACAACCUGUAUGUCUGCAUCCCCUGCGGCAAGGGCUUUCCCAGCUCCGAGCAGCUCAAUGCCCACGUGGAGACGCACACCGAGGAAGACCUCUACAUCAAGGAGGAAGGCACGUACGGUGGCAAGGAGGAAGCUGAAGAUUUGUCCAACCCUAACCAGCCCUACGCUGCAGAAUCCCGGCCCUUUAAGUGUUCAGUAUGCGAGAAGAGCUACAAGGAUCCAGCCACUCUGCGGCAGCAUGAGAAGACUCACUGGCUGACACGGCCCUUCCCUUGCAACAUCUGCGGCAAGAUGUUCACACAGCGGGGCACCAUGACACGGCACAUGCGCAGCCAUUUAGGGCUCAAGCCCUUUGCUUGCGAGGAAUGCGGGAUGCGCUUUACCCGGCAGUACCGACUGACAGAGCAUAUGCGUGUCCACUCAGGAGAAAAACCCUACGAAUGUCAACUGUGUGGUGGAAAAUUCACCCAGCAGCGCAAUCUGAUCAGCCACCUGCGAAUGCAUACCUCUCCCACAUAAGCCAAAGACUCCAGAAUGAGCUUCGAGCCCAUCCGCAGUGAUUUACCUUUCUGUAGACUUGCUGCUUAAGAGGGCAACUCCCCUCCUCUGUUCAGUCAUGGGCGGCCUAAACAAACGUAGCUUUAAGAUUUUUUUUUUUUUUUUUUUAUAAAAAAGAAACAUAGGUCCACAGCCAAGCUGAUGCCCUUCUCAAAUCAUUCCCCAGCCCUCCCUUUCUAAAUCUCAGUGGUGUGGCAAGAAAUGCCAUCUAUUUUUGUGGGUGUUGACUUAGCCUCUCUUUUGAUCCCUCUACCCAGGUAGCAGGAGUGAGGUCUCCUGCCUGUUGGAUGGUAAGUGGGAAUGGGGAGAGAAAUUCCAUCUGAUCAACUAGGGCUGUACCAACUCUUUUUAUUUCCCCCCUCUCUUCCUUGGCACUCCUGUAGUGCUUUAUAGACAUUGAUCAAGUGUUAUUUCCUGCACUAACAAAAAGUGCAAGUGGAACGUGUCAUCCACUGGCUACUCUGUGGGCUUUGCCUUUCCUUUUGCGUUCAUGUUACAUUACUAAUGUCCCUACAACCAGAUUCAAUAAGGGCAUUUCUUGCCACUCCUUAAAAAAAUGAACCCCAUUUUCUAACAGCCCAAGUGGCUACAAAACCACAAAGCAUUGCUUUUGCUGUACCCAGUGCAGAAGCUGUGGACUGACUGUAACAGGGUUGGUAGCCCAUUUAAAUUCUGUGGGAAGCAGUGAUGGGAGUUGUCAUCCUUCCCCAUGAGGUGGAGAUGGCUAAAGCAGUCUACCUAGGUGUGUGCCAAGUAGUAUUUCAGUUAAGGAAAUGGCAACACAUUUUUUUUUCUUUUGGGUUUAGUCUUUAAUCUUGGCAUACCUAACCACAUGCCUCACCCCUCCUCUCCACCUCUGCAGCCUUACCCAUGACUGAACAGGGGUGUGGAUGCCCUGGAAAUUUCUUUCAGUGAGCAGGGGGUAGUCUUUACUUUUCUAGUAGUUUCGUAUGAAUAUUCUUUGCUUAGAGGUACUUGUUUUAUUAAAGGAAAAACCAUU